CCGGAGCAGAACCGCCCCACCAGGACUUCCCUGUCCUUCUCCUUCCUGCUGUGCCCUUUGUUGCUGCCAAAUCCUCCACCAUGUCGUUCUCCGAAGCUGAGGUGCAAAGUGCCCGUGGUGCCUGGGAGAAGAUGUUUGUGGAUGCUGAGGACAACGGGACAACCGUGCUGGUCAGGAUGUUUACCGAGCACCCAGACACCAAGUCCUACUUCACACACUUCAAAGGCAUGGACUCCGCUGAAGAGAUGAAGCAGUCGGACCAGGUCAGGGGGCACGGCAAGAAGGUUUUCACCGCCAUCAACGACAUGGUGCAGCACCUGGACAACUCUGAGGCUUUUCUUGGGAUAGUGAACCCACUCGGCAAGAAACAUGCCACCCAGCUGAAGAUUGACCCCAAAAACUUCAGGAUUAUCUGUGACAUUAUCUUGCAACUGAUGGAGGAAAAAUUUGGUGGAGACUGCAAAGCUUCCUUUGAGAAGGUGACGAAUGAAAUCUGCACUCACCUGAACAACGUCUACAAAGAGGAGGGCUGGUGAGGAUGUGCAACCUCCAGGCUCUUCAAACAUCUUGCCAGCACUGAUUUGCUGCUUUUGGGCCUCCACCCACAGUCGGAAGAAUGAAAAAGUU